GACAGAGGCAGCAGGAAAAGAAAAAAGAAAAGGGCCGGUGGGAGGGGUACAAAAGUAAAUCUGCACCGCCCAGGCAGCGCACAAAGUUUGGAAAGUCCUGACACCGUUACGCCGCUGAAUGCAGUCUAACCCUGUACCGUGGAUUAUAACCCAACGCCUGCGUUAUUGAAAAAGAAAAAGCGCCAUCUGAUCGGAGAAUCACUGCUGCUCUGCCAUCAGACCGGGACAGCUCAAGCUCCACCUGAUUACCCUCACAUCCCCCCAAAGACCCAGACUCAGCCUCUUCUCACCAAAACUUCCAGCUCAAACUUAGCAGAGAUGGAGAGUCACAUGACGCGGUUUGUCCUGCUCCUGUGCAUCGCAGUUGCAGCCUCUGCCUCAAGUCAAACAUGUGUUCCAGAGGAGGUUAAUGACAACCCGUGGGUGCAUGUGAGCAAGACGCUAAUUGGCUGCUGGACCAGCUUCAUCACAGAGGACAAGGCAGAGGUCCACAUCCUUAAUCUGAACUUUCCCGCCACGCCUGAUCCUCUGUUCUCUUUGGAGAUGAGCAACGCCAGGCCAAUGAACCUAAUCAUCACAUCACUAAAGCCAGCCUAUGGCCUGUACAACAUCAGCGCUGAUGUUAACAUUUACAUUCACAAUGACUCCAGGCUCACCCUUUACAGUAAUCAGCAAUCCAAAGUGAUCCACAGGGAAGACUUCCCUACUCACAAUAUGGAGGAGCUGGUCACAUGGGCAAGACAGAAGUUUGGAGGUGUAACGUCACUCACCACAAUCCAAAACCCGAAGGUGAUCACAAGGACAGGAACAAUAGGAACCAAACCCGGCUCUCCACAGUGCGUCCUAAAAACUGAAGAAAUCCAAGAGAAGCACUUCUUGAGCAUAGAAAUUAAACCUUCCCCCAUAAAAUCUUGCUCCCCGCAGCCACAGACUCCCAGUGCUGAAGCCGAGCUCCACAUCAUAAACAUCCCUGAGGACACCACCAUUCGCAGCAAUAUAUCUCUUCUCAUGGGCAAUAAGAACACCAAGGUGUUCCUGAGAGGACCUCAGGGCACCACAUGGACCGUCCUCAACUCACAGCUCACGCAGUUUGUUUCCAACAAUGAGAUUGUCCUCCAUAUGCCGCCCAUCACAACUGUAAUCCAACCUAUGACUAUCCUGAACAGCGACAACGUAGAGGACGUGCAGAGGAAGGCUUUAAGUGUCUUAAAAGCCACCACUUUCACCAGCUACACUGAACUCCGACCCGAGUACUCCACGGUUCUUCUGGUACUUGGGAGAAAAGACAGUAUAGCAGUGCCAGAGACUGUCACUCCCAUCACUAACGGCCCUGAUCAGAUGCCUCUGAUGAUGCAGCUCUACGUGUCUCCAGACUACCGUCAACCCCUCGAUCCAAACACCAAGGUGCAGAGUGACAAGAGAAUUUACGCAGAGAUUUCAGGGGACACUUUAGGAGACAUUGUCCUAACCAUCAAGGUGAACAAAUGCUUUGUGCACUCCAAAGGCUCGUGUCCCGUAACGAAGGACCUGCCCUUCAUACCCGAGACCUGCUCUUUAAACUCCUGUCCCAACAGCACCCGACUCAGCUUCUCUCUGGAUCAGCUGCAGGAGCUGGAGGCCACUGCUUGGGACCUGGAGUGCAAUGUCCAACUCUGCUACAGCGAGAAAUGUGCCGAUGGAGGAAGAGUGAAGAGGAACCUGGAGGUCACCCAGCCAUGUCUGCAACCACCCACCCCUCCCUGCUUUGAUUUUGGCCUAACUGGUGUUUUGGGCAUCGCAUUUGGAGGCUUCCUGAUUGGAGUUUUACUUAUUGGAGCUCUGUGGUUUAUCAAAAUUAAAACAGGAUACCCAACUGGACUGGACAUAAGCUCAACUGCAGCAAAUCUUCCUGGAUGUCCCUGCUCAGGAGCAAAACGACAACCUGUCUCUACCAACACUUCCCCCUCUGAGAACAGCAGCGCUAACGCUAGCAUUGGAAGCACCCAGAGCACACCGACCAGCAGCAUGGCAUGAGAUGAUGAUAACCUCCACUACCAGCAGGGCCACCAUCUUCCUCUAAAGUCACCUAUAAGGGUUUUGUGCUUUUAUUUUCUUCGAUAAUGCUUGAAAGUAGCAAUUCACCCUUCUCAGCCCCCUUUCAAAUUCACAUUAAAAAGCACAACCCACAUCUUUGACACACAAUUACAUGUGAUCUGGGAGUAUGUGGGGGUGUAAGGAGAGGUUGUUGGAUGACGGAUAACAGAAGUCUGAUCAAUGAAUUCUGACGCUCACCUCCCCAGCCUCUCAAGCUCCUACACAGGAAGUUAAAGAGGGCAAGAGGGAAAAAAAAUAAAUUGGCUCCCAAGCAACAGGAAAAACAAACCAUAUCCCCCAAGAGCUAACAGGAAAUUCACUACAUUCCUUUCAAUGAAUUGUGCCUGUGUGAUGGCAGCACAAUAAUAGUCAGACAGGAGACAAACCAGUCAAAAGACCUGCUUUGAAAAACAGAUGAAAAGCUGUUUUGCCUUCACAUCUAAGCAACAAAAAUAUGACGGGCUUUUGGCAAAGUCAGUCCAAAAAGUUGUCAGCCAUGUUUCGGGGACCGAAAAGCUCAAACCAGAUGCUCACCUUGAGGGGUAUUUGUCUGAACUGGAGUUUGAGGUCAACGGUUAACAGCUACCUCCUAUUAUUUUUGAAACUCUGGAGCUAAGUUUAUAGUUAGCACUAGAUUUCUCUGGUGAAGUGAUCUUUUUCUCUACCUAACAGAUGGAUCUUAUAUUUGACCCUCUGGGUCAUUUGUAGCACUCACAACAAAGUUAUGGUGCCACUUUUAUGCUAUGUAAUAGCUUCACCAAGGCCUUGCAUCAUAGUAUCUUUUCCUCCAGUAUUAUCUUACAAAAUAUGUUAUAUUUCAUUGAUGACUCAACAAAACUAUUCCCUACAUACCGUAACUCUCAGAGGUAGCUUUGAAAUAUGAACCACAAGAAAAUGCAGUCUUAAGUAUGUAAAAUAAGACAUAGAGCCCAUAAUGAAAAGUUAGCACCAGAACACCUCACAUCGGUUUUCAGGCUGUUCAAAUGGGAAGUACCACUCGUACAGCUACACACACAGGGUGGAGUAUCCCCAGAAUAGUCUGUCUGGAGGUAAAGUACCAGCACUUUUCCUUUAGAGAAUGUCCAUUCCUCAUGAAUUCCACAUCUCUUAUACGUCUUGUGACUACAAAUUAUGCCAUAAUGUUGAUAUCUGUGGUAACACACAUACACAUUCAUAGAAAAUGUUUAGCAUUAAUGUGUUUUAAGGCCAGUCUGAUCACAACCUUGUGGACCUACAUGCUGCUGUGUAUGGUGUAUAAAGCAUUACUAUUCCUUCUUUGAAGCUCAAGUAACCAGCCACUGCUGUUUUUUUCUGUCUUUUAAUUGGAGAUGAAUGCGGCAGAGUGGAAAUAAUGAUUAGAUCUUGAAUUGAUGUUUUGGAUCACCAACACAUUCACAGCUUUCACUUUGACAAAGAUGAAAUCCUCGAUCCCUGCUUGCACCCUGAGGAGAUGCUACCUCAAUGUGACCAAACCAACCAGAAACUUUUCUUCCUUGGGGGGACUUUAGGUACAAACAACAGCCUGAAAUUUUCCAUAUUAAAAUUCACAUUUAAUUAGUAGUUCUCAUACAGAAGGAAAUGAAAUCUCUGAGAUUAAAGGCAAAUGUUUGUUUUAAACAAAUGAGCCAGAAAACCUAAUUUCCCAGUUGAAAACUGGCAAACUCUUACGUUUGGACUGUAAAUAGGUAAUUAUUAAAUAUCUAUAUACCUGACCCCCUUUUGUUUAACUUUUUGUACAAGUCACUAGCUCUGAAAGCAAUUUAUUUGGACUCCAUAGGAUAACCAUUAGUGCAAUUCAUCAUAUUCACAUGAUAUCCAUUUUCCUCUGAGGCCAUGGUUGGAGUAGGAAGCUCAAUGACUGUUAAAAAGUUAUUCUACUGUGUUCCAGGUUUCCAACCCAGGGAAUCUGAAUGCAAUUUAUCAUUACACUGCAUCUUAAUUGAUCUGCAACUAAAAUAACAAUACACAACUAAAUCCAGGUGGGUCAUGGGUCAUAUUUAAAGUCAAAACACAAAAAAGAACUCUCUAGCUACUGCAAUGCAGAAUCUAAAGCUAGCAUUCAACAACUACCUAGCUUACAUGACCGUUAAAAAGAAAUACUCAAUUUUUAAAAAAGGGAGACGGGUACAUUUCUAGCUAGCAUUAUUGUUAGCUUCAGGGUUAGUGGAGCUAGCUAGCAAGCAUGUUAGGAGAGACUUUAUACCAGAAGGUAUUUUCCUUGCUUGUCAUGUAACGCUAUCUAUCUAACUUCAGUAUUAGCAAGGAAGUGGAUGAGCUGAUGUUAGCUGUUGUUAGCUGCUGCAACACAGCAGCAGUGCAAUAUGUCGAUCCACUCUUUAUGCGAUAGAGGAAAAUUGACACUGUGUGAAUAUGAUCAAAUAGUAAAACAAUGGUAUGGGGACUGUUUGAAGAAUUUACCUCUAGCUUUACUCCCAGCUGUCUCUUAACAUGCCAUAUUGAGAGAACUGAGUUUCAUGCUUAAAUGCUUAAUGCUAAUGCUUAACAGAACCUGCAUAAAUGCUAAUCCAUACAUUCAUGAGGGCAACAACUGUAGAGUGACGGUUGAUCCGUGAACUAAUUUGUUUCAAUGUGCAAAUGUAAGUAUAUUUUAUAUAUUUUGCCACUCUUACCUCUUCAAAAUCAGUCCCAUCACACAUUAAGUCUUGUGGUUGAAGUAAACAUUUUAUAUCCACAGUGCAUACUGUAGCUUUGAUACAACACCAAAAUUGUAAUGUGAAAUAUUUGGUCUUAAUACACUGAUUAACUUUUGCUUUACUUGCCUAUAUGAUCACACUCCAAACAGCUAAUCACCUAACUGAUAUAGAUUGUAAAGUAGUUUUGAAAGUGAAUAAAUUAUUUUCACAAAGGAUUUUCUCCCAAAGACAUUUGUAUAAGGUUUAAGGUUUUUUACACAUUACCACUUGAGUAUUUGUGCAAUAUGAUGAGGUAAACUUGUAUUUAAUGUCUAAGAUUUUUUUUUUACCAUGUUUUCUCUUCUUUUGUAAGUGAUGAAUGAUAUUCUUACUUAAAACUGAUUUCUUAACUUGCUUUGUUCUUAUUCAGAGAACUGGGACAAUUCUUAUCAAGGCACUUAUAUGAAUAAAUAAGAUUUGUAUAUGUACAGGAAUCUUUGUUUUUUUAUUUCCAUAUGUAGAUUUGGGCUUGGGUUGCAUCGUGGUCACAGUCAGUGCGUGACACAUCACAUGUCAAACACAGCACCAGCAUUUGUUAGUUUUCCUCUGUUUGACAUUUGCCGUGAGAUUCCCCUGCUGUCCAAAAACACGGCGUAUCUCUGCUGAUACUGACAUCCUGACACUGUAUUGUCUAAAUGUCUCACCGCAGUGAAGCCCCCCUAGCUAAACAUUCAACACUCACGAACCCGAUGCUCUCAGGAAACAUUCACAUUUUUAAAAAUGUGUGGCCAUUAGUGAAAACUUUUUCUUUAUUCAUUUAAAUUUAGAAAGUGGCCGCAAUAUUUGACUCUUUCUGGUUUCUAAAUGUCAACUAUUCUGUACCUGUGUUAAAGCUGCCCGGGUGGGUGCCUGUUUCUGUCGGAGCAUUGACAGUAUAAUCAGACAGGCUGUCAGUUAAUUCACUUGUUAACCCUGUAGAGCCCUUCGUUACCUCUGGCAACAACUUCUGCCUUCUCAGGCACAUUUAAUGAAAUAUGUGCGUAUGAGUGUGUGCACAUAUACAGUAUGUGUACAGAAUGCAAGCCUGUGCGUGUGUGCCCAUCUGUGGUCGGUAUGAUAUUAACACUGCCUACAUUUAUGUGAGUUUAUUAUUCUGGUCUUUCAACAGUGUUCAAUUCUGAAUUCUUAACCAAGGUCUGUAACCUUGACAACAUUUUAUUCAAUAUGAAGUGCACCAUAUCCACACAGCUGCAAUUAUUCAUUGACGUCAUACUCAGGGUGGGAAGCUCAGAGGCUCUGAUAGUGUACUGCUUUGUUACAGAUUUGCAAAUUGUUAAAAUAGGGAAUCUGAUAGGACGAUGUAUUUAAAGCUGUUGAGACGGGCAUUUACAGUAAAAACCCGAAGUGUAUUUUAGAUUACUGAAACCACCAUAAUAACCCAUUGGCUACAUUUUUACAACGGUUUAACAUUCAAUUCAUUUCAAGCUAAAUUACCUAUUAUUUUGUCACCAGUAGCUUAAUGAAAACCAGGCUGAAAAAAACAUUUGUAAUAACCUUCAAGCUAAAUUUAGACAAUAUUAAAACGUAACAUUCAACCAAGUGGCAACUUCCAGUCUCAAAAUAUGAAGCCCAUGCGGAAGUGUUAUCAACUGCAGAAUCCACUUGAGGCUGGCUUCAGAAACACCAGAAACCACAUAGACACCAAUUCAAAAAAGACGAUCUUUGCAGCAUUAAUAAACAUGUUUACAGCCUGGUUCAAAAAACGGCUUGGCUCUACGUAGGUCAUUUCUCUAUCAGCACACACUGUACGGGGGGGGUGAAUUCUUUCUAACGAUUAAAGAUUACGAGUUUUUGCCCAAAUAAGGACAUGACUGACUUGACUCCCGGACAGGGACACAUAGCUGUUGGCUAGGAGGCUCAAACCCUGCCCCUUUAUGUCACACCAUGCCUGGUUGAGUUCCACAUUUCCAAUAUGGCUGCUGCCACCGAUUGGCUUCAAAACAGUGCUCAGGAACAAAUGGGUGAUGUCACAGAUACUACGUCCAUAUCUUAUACAGUCUAUGCAUUCAACCGCCAACUGUGCUAUUAUUGGGUUAGCUGACUGGUGACAGCAAGAAUGACAAAACCAGUGGAAUAAUCCAAGAGCUACAGUUAAUGAUGGUAUUUAGUCCCAUUUUCUUUUCUUUUUUUGUUUGUGCUAACUUUGCCGUCACUGGGUUACUGAAUACACUAGAAGUGACCUACAUUAGUAGCUGAUGGUAUUGUAAGCUAGGAGUUAUCCUAUCAUACUGUCACUAAUGGCUUGUCAAAAAUGAGAUUUUUAAUCAAAACACUGCCUGAAGAUCCUCUGGAUUUCCAUUAAUACUAUGUUUUAAGUCGUUGAUCAAGUAGGAUGAGGUGGCAUGGUAAUUUUAAUGUCCUACAACUAAUAAAAGUCUUGCAAUCUUCAACAAGGCAGUACAUUAUAAUAGCUUUAGAGCUAGCCUCUGCACAGGAUCAGUGGGAAAUGGCCAAGAUGUGAAUAUGGUGAGUGUUAUUACUUUUCUAGAGUAGGCUUUCCUUAACCAUCUAAAUUGGGUCCGUUUGUUAAGACAGUCUUCAACUGUGGUCAUCUAUGUUGUCUCUGAAGAAGUAUAUGUUUUGUGUGAAAUUAUCUUAAUAAAGACAAUAUGACAAAUGUUC